UUGCUGUAGUGGUAAGAGUGUAGAGACCUCCAUCUCGUCCUCUGGAAAGAACCACACCACGUCUCGAACCCCAGGACGAUACUCCACGGGGUCGCAGGUCAUCUUGCCUGCCUGUACACCUGGACGCUACUCCACAGAAGACUCCCAGAGUCGUAUCAGGAGGAUGUGGAACGAUACAGUGAGGAAACAGGAGUCAUCCUUUAUGACAGGAGACAUCAACAGCUCAGCCACACUCAACAGAGGAGCGAUGGCUAAUCAUCUGUUAACUAAUACUCUCCUUCAUCCCCAUGGUUCUAACCAUCCUUAUAACUCUCUGCUGGGGGACACCAACCACCAAGCAGUCUGUAACAACCCCAACGUGGCUGGCAUGUACAACACACAAGCCCCCUACAGAGACACAAAGGGAAUCCUAAACAACGCGCGAGACACCGGCGUCAUGGAUACGCUCCCUCUCAACGGUAACCACGGCAACAACUACAGCGCGGCGAGCGGCGACUACCUCAGCGACAGCGUCCAGAUUCUGGAACGAGGCGGCGUCGGCGGUUACAGUACCUACGGCAACCACAAGGAGACGACGACGACGUUAGAAAGCAGAUCCUUAAAGAGUUAACGU